AUGCCGAGCGUCCUCCGGCUGGCCAUCGGCGCCAUCAAGGACCAGACCAGCAUCGGCAUCGCCAAGUUCUCCAAGCGCUCCGCCAACCUCGAGGUUGCGGUCCUCAAAGUCACCUCCCACGACGAGGUCCCCAUCGAGGAGCGUCACCUGACGGAGGUCCUCCUCCUGUCGGCGUCCUGCCCUUCCUCUGCCGCGACUUGUGUCCGUAUCCUGUCCCGCCGCAUCUCGCGCACCAGCAACUGGGUGGUCGCCCUCAAGACCCUCGUUUUGGUCUUCCGCUUGCUACGCAGCGGGCGAUCCCAGUUCAUCCACGAGGCUCUCGCGGCUCCCCAGGGCUCCCGUCGCCGCCGCCGCCUCCUCGACCUCUCCAGCUUCCGCGACCACUCCGCCACCUCCAGUCCCUGGGACUACACUGCCUUCGUUCGCACCUUCGCCGUCUACCUCGACGCCCGCCUCCAUUCGGCUCUCCUCGGCAAGCUCAGCAACCUUCGCAGCCGCCGUCCCUUGACCGCUGCCAACCUCUUCGCUAACAUGAAGACGCCCCUCAUCCUGGAACACAUCGAGCACUGGCAGAGGCUCCUCGACCGUGCGAUCGGCACCCGACCCACCGGCCCCGCCAAGGUCAACCGCCUGAUCCAGAUCGCGCUCUACGUUGUCGUCUGCGAGACCUUCAGCCUCUACCACGACAUCUCCCACGGGUUGUCGCGGUUGCUCGAUAACUUCUUCCACUUGCAACCUGAGUCACGUCUCAAGACAUUCCAGGCAUGCAUGAAGGCACGUAAACAAUUUGAAGAGCUCGAAUCCUUCCACGAUUUCUGCAGAAAGAUCGGCGUCGGGAGGAUGUCGGAGUACCCGAGGGUCCAGCAAAUCUCAGCAACCCUCCUCGGAGCGUUAGAAGAGUUCCUCAAGAACCGACCGAGUUCACUCGCCACCUCGCCCAACGCCAAGCCCAAGUCAUUUCCUUCUCUGCACCCGACCGCUUUGGAGCGGGAACAGGAGGAUACGACGACAGCUCGCAGGCCACCGACGAUGAGCGAGAGGGAAUCGGUAGCGUCACGCCACAAGGACUGGCAGCUUCAACCCAUCUCAAGCAGCGUCAACAUCAACAUCGGAGGGAAUCAUCAGCACACUGAUACGGAUUCUGAAGGAUGGGAGAUCUUGCUCGUCAGGAGCUUGAACGGCAUGUCAAAUGAAGCUGGUGUUAUCGAUCCUCCUGCACAGAGCUUACUCGACCGGAGAGUUGCAGAUCGAGCUGAGGACCUUCAGAACCCAUUUCUCAGUGAUCAUGACAACAGAAGCCGUGCGAUGAUACCACCACCCACGUUUUGCGCAAGGAAACUAAAUGCAGAACAAGCAUACCAGGAAAUGGAUCCUUUUAAUGAGGCAGCAACGGGGGCUUAUUCGUUGAGAUCCGAUGGUUUGAUGAGGCAGCGACGGGUGCUUCGUGAACAACACAUGUGGAUGCAACAGCAGAGCAAGAUCAUGGCGAAGAGAUUAACACGUUAA